AUGAACAUAGGCAGCAAGUGUGCACUCUCUCGCUGUUCUAAACUCAUAGAUCGCUGCUUCUCCCUGCAGUCUCUGGUGAGCGCUGAAUCCGUGCACGCAACGCUGAUCAAGGUUGGUUUCCACCGCCACACCUUUGUCGGCAACCGCCUCAUCGCCCUUUACUCCAAGCUCGGUGCCGUAAGCUCCUGUCCAAAACUGUUCCACGAUGUGGCAGACAAGAACAUGUACACUUGGAAUAUCUUACUCGCAGCCUUCUCAAAGAACGGAGAGAUGGAGAGAGCCCUCCAACUGUUCGAUUCAAUGCCUGAAAGGGACGUAAUAACCUGGAACUCGAUGAUCUCCGGUUACAUGGCAGUGGGCCUCGCGGAAAAUGCCAUUGGAAUUCUGCGGAGUAUGCAGGAGCUCGGUGUGAGACCCAGCGGAUUCACUCUCUCCGUUGCUGCAUCCUCUGUUUCCACGGUCCAUCAGGCGAAACAGAUCCAUGGAUGCGCUAUCCGGCGUGGCUUUACGAAUGUUGUUCUCGGAAAUGCACUCAUUGACAUGUAUGGGAGGCUCAGAGUCGUGGGUUAUGCUCUUGGUGUGUUUUUCUCAAUGAGAGAGCACGAUAUAAUAUCUUGGAAUGAACUGAUUUUGUCUCUGGAGAGAUCAGGAUUCAUGAACUACUCACUGGGCUUCUUCAAAUCAAUCUGGCAUGGUGGGCUCCUCCCUGAUCAAUUCACCUUGUCGACUGUGAUGAAUAUCUGUGCCGACCAGAGAGUUAUGAAUUUGGGUGAGCAAAUCUUCGUCCUGUGCAUCAAGCUGGGUUACCUUGCAAAUUCUAUAGUUUCGAGCAGCAUCAUCGACAUGUAUUCGCACUGUGGGAGAUUAGAUUGUUCCGUUAGAUUCUUCAUGGAGCUGGUGGAACGGGAUUCAGCUGUCUGCAACUCGAUGAUUUCAAGUUAUGCCAGAAGUGGGUCUCCAGAGGAUGCCCAGAGGUUGGUGAUGAUGGCAAUGAGGGAGGGCCUCAGGCCGACAGAAUUCACCUUUGCGAUCAUACUGAACACCAUUUCUCCUUUUGCCUCGAUUCAUCUUUUCACUCAAAUCCACUCUCUGGUUCUCAAGUCAGGUAUGGAGAUGGACGCAGUCGUCGCUAGCUCACUUCUGAGCCUGUAUGCAGAGUGGGGUGCCAUUGAAUCUGCUGUGAAGGUUUUCUCCGUGGUGACCAGGAGAGACCUGAUCUGCUGGAACUCCAUGAUAACCGGUUUUGCUGAGAAUGGCUGCGGCGAGGAAGCCCUGAGAGUCUUCGAGGAGAUGCUAGAGGUAGGUGCUCGGCCAGACCGGAUUACUCUAACCGGGGUCCUGAAAGCCUGCGGUCUUGCUGGGCUCGUCGAAGAAGGAGCUCUGGUUUUCUCAUCCAUGGAGAAAAAAUAUGGAGUUAAACCAGAAACCGAGCACUAUGCUUGCAUGGUGGACAUGUUCAGCCGGGCAGGGAUGCUGAGAGAGGCGAUGGAUCUCGUAGAGAUGAUGCCCCAGAGCCCCUUGGCUUGCAUUAUCCUCCUAGAAGCUUGUAACAUCGCGGGUAACUUCAAAUGUAUGGAGGCAGCUGCUCAGAGGGCCGUCGAGUUGCAGGCUAUCUCGUCACUGCCAUACUCUGUUCUGGCUCAUAUCUAUGGCGCGAGGGGAAGGUGGGAGAGUAUGGCUCGUGUGUGGAAGUCUAUGAGAGAGAGGGGUGUGAAGAAGGAGACUGGGUGCAGCUCGAUUGCCAUCAGGAGCGAAGUCUUCAUGUUUAGGGCUGAUCAGGUGCUGUACUGCGGAGGUGAAUCUCUGUACUCGAUCUUGAGACUGCUGGAGACCCGAGGAACGGAUUGGCCAUGA